AUGCUGUUCUUCCACACCGACUUGUUUGCCAUUAGCAACAGGCCUGUACCUAUUGCAAAAAAGAAACACGUCUCUCACACUGUACCUGCAAUAAACCAGAUUACCUGCGGUAACCCGGACCAGUAUCCCCACGCCGAGAGCGAGCUUACUAACGGGUCAUCGACUAUAAAUGCUACUGCUGAAUACAAGUGUGACUACGGCUACAUGAUGUCUCAAGAGUCCAUUAAGACGAUGGUGGUAUGUCAACAAGAUGGGACCUGGGACAAAGCUUAUUUUACCUGUGACAGAGAUUAUACAAUCGAUUUAAGAUUUUAUCUUGGGGACAAGCGAAAGACUGGAUAUUCCUUCAUCGGAAGAGAAGACCCUUUUAGCUUUCCGUUAGUGACUGCAGCACUGUGCGUAGGUGUGCUUGUGAUGCUGGCUGUUGUAGUGGCCUGUAUCAUCACAUGGUAUCGUGCCAAACGAGUGAGAGAGAUGUCAGCUACUGAUGAUGAUGAUGACAAUUCUUUCGCAACAAACGAAGAAGACUAUAUUAAUACAGAAGAGUAUCCCACACCAAGUAAUGUUCCAACAAUUUCCGUGAGUGAUCGGGCGUUCAAUGAACUGCCACCUAUUUUGGAAGAUGAAGAGUCUUUUGAAAUGCAACCCCUUGAAAUUCCAUAUAGCUGGGAGCGCAGAGAACUAGAUACAAAAAUUUCAAUUCCGGAAGUCCAAACCAAUGCAAAGAAAACUAUUACUUGGGGAGAAACCAAAUACGAGACGGUAUCAAACUCUCCAACAAAUGAAUAUUGCUACAAAGCUUUAGGAAUGAGAGCAGAUGAUAGUGUGAUGUUGGCUAUGGAAACAUUGCCGGAGCCGCAAGCAGAUAUUGAAACAGAUGAUAACAAUGAUAGCGAUGGAAGUAACACUGAGGUAAAAAUUCGUUGGUCACUCCCUUCUUCCCUCAAAUCCUUUUUUAAGUUCAAAAAAAUAUUUUUUGGAAACGGAAUGCGCAACAAGGAUCGUCCACAGAACAAAGCCGAGAUGUGUGCUCAGGUAGAUAAUUUCCUUGACGAGAAUCCGGAGGCAGAUGAAAAUUUGCAGUACCAGGAGUGCAGUGGUGGAAUUGCAAAUCCGAGUGCCGAUCAGGUGGUCGCUUUGUCUCAUUACGUUCUCGUUGAUGGAAACCCUGAUCUCUAUCCAGGCCUUCCUACGGGGCCAGCUAAGAUCCCAAAGGGGCGUUCAACCUUCUCAGCUUUCAAGCAGCUCUUUUCUCCAUAUACUGAUAAAAUGUAA